AGUCAACUUUUAGGAAGAAAUGGGCGAGACGGUUUUUGGAGCUUCGAGAGAAUGAGAUAAAGUGGUAUGUUGACGAGGGGGAUGUAUGCGAUGGUUAUAUUCCUCUGAAGGACAUUGCCUCCAUCGAAGAUUGUGAGUAUAGCGUUGAAAAGCCACAGUGUCUGAUGAUAACGCUCACAAACAAGAAAGUGCAUUGGUUUGCCUUUGAAACUGUACUAGAGUUAAAGUCAUGGAAGGCAGCGAUUGAGGAUGCUAAGACGUUGUAUUUUCAAAACGAAAAUGGAUCGACAAAUAGUCCAAUCUCAGGAGAGAUUGCUGAUGAGGUGGAUCCACAGCUUGGAUUCAUCUUAAAGCGAAUGGAGCUCUGCGACAAUGUCAAGGAUCUCCGUGCGUUUCUUCGAGAAAUCGAAACGAUCGCAAUGGAUCUUCCCUCCUCGAAGGCGCGUAUUCAGUACCAAUAUGUUGCAGAAGCCAUAAACAAGGUGCGCGAAACCAAGCUGGAUCUUUUCUCUGAGCAGAUGGAUAGUUAUGUUAACAGCGUUUUAGAACUGUUCCACUUUGUCGUUGACGAAGAUGAGGGUAUGGAUAACAACACAGGCGUCAAGGCGAACGCCAGUGCCGUGCGAGCAGACAUCAACAGCAUGUACAAAAUGAAGGCAACGUUAGGAAGCGGGACCUACAGCGUUGUGAAGCUCGCGGUCGAUCGUCGGACGGGCGAGGAUGUGGCGAUCAAGGUGAUCACCAAAUCGCAGCUUAGCGGCGACGACACUGUUUCCCUGAACAGAGAAGUGUCCAUCAUGUCUCUGCUUCGCCAGCAUCCGAACGUGGUAACGAUCAAAGGGUUCUACCAGGACAAUGACUACUUCUAUGUGGUCCAGGAGCUGUGUAUGGGAGGCGAGCUCUUCGAUGCCAUUGUGAGCAAGGCGAGCUACAGCGAGCGCGAAGCCCAGACCGUGGUUCGUACGUUGCUGUACACCAUCGCGUAUUGCCAUGAUCGCGGGAUCGUCCACCGCGAUUUGAAGCCCGAAAAUAUUCUUCUCAAGGACAAAUCGGACUAUACGAACAUCAAGAUUGCUGAUUUCGGGUUUGCUAGAGAGACGCAUGCCAUGAAUGGGCUCUCUACGUCGUGCGGAACGCCGGGAUAUCUGGCUCCAGAGAUUAUGAAGGGGCAGGUGUACGGACCUCCCGUCGAUAUCUGGGCAAUCGGAGUGAUCACGUAUAUCUUACUCUGCGGCUAUCCUCCCUUUUCUUCGGAUAACGAUGUGGCUAUGUAUCGUCAGAUCCUGCGAGGAAAGUUUGAUUUCCCUUCUCCCGAGUGGGAUCAUGUGAGCGACGAUGCGAAAGACUUUAUCUCCAAACUGCUUAUCGUCGAUCCUGAGAAGCGAUACACUGCCAAGCAAGUGAAUUGA